AUCGCGUUUCGCACACCUUCUCGCAAUUCAUUCCUUUUUCUGCCGGGGGAUUUCAGUCUUCGGACUUCUCUCUGCAGUCUGCACCCCCGUGUUUCCCUCACUGGCCUCCUUUCUUCCUUCGUUUCCCGCCGGCCCUCCGUUGACUAUCUCCAAUUUUCCAGUCGCAAACGCCGUUCCGAGAAUUUUCGUAGGCGGCUCGCGUUCGGCUUCGCCGUUCGUUUUGGCUUCCGAGAAGUUGCUCCGCCGCUAAAGCAUCUAUUUGCCGCCAUCGUAAGCAGGCAAAAGCAUUUCGCGCCCCCCAAAACUUCCAUUCCUCUCCCAUGGCGCUGCCGGACGAUCUAUUUGCCGCCAUCGACAUGGGCACCAACUCCAUCAAGAUGAUCAUCGUCCAAUUCCAUCCGCCGUCGGGCCGAUUCCUCACCGUCGUCCGCCACUCCGACCGUGUCUGCCUCGGCCGUGACUCCGCCGCCGCAUCAUCAAACUCCUCCCCGUCGAUUUCCCCCGACGCGGUCCUCGAAGCUCUCCGAUGCCUCCGCCAGUUCACUGAAAUCCUCCGCGCUCGCGGGAUCCCGCCUAGCCGAACCCGCUGCGUCGCCACUUCCGCCGUCCGGGAGGCCGCCAACGGAUCCGAGCUCGUCGAAGCCGUUCGCGCAGCCACCGGGCUCGACGUUUCCGUUCUCUCCGGGGAAGAGGAGGCGAGACUCGCCUACUCCGGAGUGAUUCAGUUUUUUCCGGUCAGGGAAAAGAGAGCGUUGCUCAUAGACAUCGGAGGCGGAUCGACUGAGUUCGCGAUUGGGGAAGGAGGGAUCGUCGAUUUCGCGACGAGUUUGAAGCUAGGUCAUGUGAGUUUGACUCAGCGAUUCGCUGGUGGAGAUGUGGUAGGAGGAAUGAGGAAUUUCAUCAGGGCAGCUGUGAAGGACUCUGGAUUGGUUCAGCAAGUGAAGAGAUUCGGGUUUGAGGUCGCUGUUGGAAGCUCGGGAACGAUUGGAGCAGUCGAGAAAGCAGUGUUUCAUGGCUAUGGCGAUGCUGAAACUGACAAGUCAGCUGAGGAGCUGUUGAGGAGGCACGUGAAGAGGGAUUGGAGAUUCAGCAGAGUGGAAUUGAAGAGAGUUGUUGAGAGGUUAUGUACAGAAGAAGGGCAAGAAGAGAAGGAGAUAAGAGAGGAGCUUUUUAAGAAGAGAUCAGAAUUUAUUGUGGCUGGUGCUCUGUUAUUGGAGGAGAUAUUUGAGUUGCUUGGGAUUGAAGAAAUGGAAGUUUCCGAGUAUGCAUUGGGAGAAGGUGUCGUUGCUGACGCUCUGAAGGAGGAAUUCAAUGAAGUUGGUUUCAAAUUGAAUGCGAAUCCCAGGUGGAAUUCUGUUGUGAGACUUGCUACCAGGUUUAAUGAUAAGAAGAGGGUUAAGAAUGGCGCUAGAUGUGCCGCCUUUGCCAAGGGUAUAUUUGAAGGCUUGAGGCACUGUGGUAAGCUCAUUGACUUGGGGGGCGAGGAUCUCGAGUGCCUUGAGGCAGCCUGUUUGCUUCAUGCCAUAGGGCUUUUCGCUGGUAAAAGGGGUUACCACAAGCAGUCUUAUCGUGUUAUCAUGGAAGGAAACCAUCUUUACGGUUUCAGUACUGAAGAGAUCAAGUUAAUAGCACUUCUGGUGAGGCAUCACACGAAGAAAUUCCCAAAACCUUAUCAGGCUUCUUUGGCCGAGACUCCAGAAGAGUUCAGGCAGAAACUUCAAGGUCUCUGUACUAUCAUUAGGAUAUCAGUAGUAUUGCAGAAGAACGAACGCCUGAACUUCCAAGAUAUGGAACUUUCACCUCUCGGUGGGGGAUUUAGACUGGUAUUGAAGCAUGCAGGAGACCAACCUAUUUCGCUCUCAGAGGAAAUGAAGAAGGAUUUAAGGGGAGAACUUGAACACUUCAAAAUGGUAUUCAAGCAGCAAUUGUCGGUAGAUAUCCCAAGCAUUUCGGAAGCAUCAAAGAGCUGAGAAAGUAAUUGCACAUUGUACUCUUACUUGAACAUCAAGCAGCCUCUUCCUUUGCUCGUGAUGCAGGGUGAGAUUCAAGACUCCCAUAGGGAGAAGGGAAAGCUUCUGAGAUAACAUCCCAAGAGAAGCUCCCUUCUGCUCUCCUCCUCUUGUCCAAGAAUGCCGGCCUUAUGGGUGCCCCUGCAUCAGCUUUACACGUCAGCAUUGCCACCACCUCAGACAUCGGAGGCCUCAGGUUCGCCAGCGGUUGAAUGCACAAGAACGCCACGUGGAUCACAUGCACCACAUCUCUCUCCACGAUCCUGUGUUCUCGGAGCCUCAGAUCUAUCAGCUCGUUCACCUUGUUUUUCUCGUAUAGCUUCCACGCCUGCAAGAGAAAAUGUAAUUGACACCAUUGGGAUGGCUAGGCCUCAUAAAACUGAGCAAGGAAACACACUUAACGUAUUUAGGAAGGUACUGCUGCUCUGUUGGUAAGUUGAGAUCUGUGUUCUUCCUACAACGGAUGAUCUCAAGAAGGAGCACUCCGAAGCUGUAGAUGUCGGCCUUCUCUGACAACUCGCCCCGGAUCGCGUACUCUGGGGCUGUGUUUCCCCUGAUGAACGACAAAGAUUAGUGAAUUUGGAAAUUCUUUUGAUUUGAGACUGGUACUUGAAGUUGAUUUAGAAGAACUCACAAGGUCCCUGCAAAUGUGGUGCUGAGAUAAGCUUGGUCUUCAGGGAAGAAUCUGGCCAGCCCGAAAUCGCUGAUCCGGGGCUGGAACUUGUCGUCCAGAAGAACAUUGCUUGCUUUGAUGUCUCUAUGCACGAUUCUCAAAGGGGAAUCUUCGUGCAGGUAUUGUAGGCCUCGAGCUAUGCCAAGGAUUAUCUAGUCAAUACUUAUUCUAGACAUGG